AUGGAGGAUACAAGCUUAAUCUCCAGCGUCGAUGUGGAUAAAGGGUUCGCCACUGGUUUUGUUGUUCUUAUGUGCGUGUUCCUGAUUGUAAUGACAGUUCGGUGUGCCAAGCUAGUAAUAGACCCUUUUAAGGCAAUCCCCACAUCCACUUGGCAGGAGGAAGACAUCUAA